UUAUGAACUGAAAUGUGAGUUAUGAACCGUUGUUACAGAAACCACUAAACACCCUGAGAACCGAAAAUCUUGCGCUAAUAACACCACCCUCACCAGGGCGACGUUUAUUUAAUGCCGUUCACUAUUCUGGUGCCCUAUUUAGUGCGGAUGUGGACGCGACCUCCUGUAGUGACGGUUAGCCGCUAGCAUAGCAUCUCUUGUAGCGCAGCCAUCCGCAGCAUCAUGGCGGAGCGAAGCCUCUCAUCUGCGGCUCCGGCUACCGGCCACAGUCCGCAAGCAGGAACCACAGCUAGUUGGCCGAUUGUCAAGGAUGCGUACGAGCUGCAGGAUGUUAUAGGCAGUGGAGCCACAGCUGUAGUCCAGGCUGCUCUCUGCCUUCCUCGACAAGAACGUGUAGCCAUCAAGAGGAUUAACCUGGAAAAAUGCCAGACCAGCAUGGAGGAACUACUGAAAGAAAUCCAAGCCAUGAGUCAGUGCAACCAUCCGAAUGUAGUGACAUAUUAUACCUCAUUUGUGGUGAAGGAUGAGCUUUGGCUGGUUAUGAAACUACUGAGUGGAGGAUCAGUAUUGGACAUUAUAAAGCACACAUGUAGCAAAGGAGAGCACAAAAAUGGCGUAUUGGAUGAAGCCACAAUAGCAACUAUUUUAAAAGAGGUUUUAGAGGGUCUUGAUUACCUGCACAAAAAUGGACAAAUUCACAGGGAUGUGAAAGCUGGGAACAUCCUGUUGGGAGAGGACGGCUCAGUGCAGAUAGCAGACUUCGGUGUGAGCGCGUUUCUGGCGACCGGAGGAGACGUAACCAGACAUAAAGUUAGGAAAACCUUUGUUGGAACUCCGUGUUGGAUGGCGCCAGAGGUGAUGGAACAGGUACGAGGUUAUGAUUUCAAAGCGGACAUUUGGAGUUUUGGGAUCACUGCCAUAGAGUUGGCCACAGGAUCUGCACCUUAUCACCGAUACCCUCCUAUGAAGGUCUUAAUGCUGACACUGCAGAACGAUCCCCCUACUUUAGAGACAGAAGUGGAGGAUAAAGAGAUGCUAAAGAAAUAUGGGAAAUCUUUUAGGAAACUAAUAACUCUGUGCCUUCAAAAGGACCCAACUAAGAGGCCAACUGCUUCAGAACUUUUGAAAUGUAAAUUUUUCCAAAAAUCCAAGAACCGGGAAUACUUGAUUGAAAAGCUGCUUUGUAAAGGACCAAAUAUAAGCCAAAGAGCUAAAAAGGUGCCAGUGGAGAGGCAAAUGGAUGCUGGCCUGACGGUGUGUUCAGAGAGAGCGCGUGAUGCUGGGAGAAGGGUGAGGCGAGUGCCAGGAUCGAGCGGUCGCUUGCACAAGAUGGAGGAUGGAGACUGGGAAUGGAGUGAUGAUGAGAUGGAUGAGAGGAGUGAAGAAGGGAAGGCGGCUGUCAAUCAAGGCAGGUCACGGAGGGUCAAAGAUGAAAACCAACAUGGGGAAGUGAAUGCCAACAAUGUCCCUAUAGAAGGUCUGUCCAUUCAGCAUCCCCAGAUUCAAACUCUGGAAAAAAACCCAGGCACUCAUGGUGCGGUGAACAUGGUCCUGAGGCUAAGGAACUCAAGGAAGGAGUUGAAUGACAUACGGUUUGAAUUCACUCCAGGCCGAGAUACUGCUGACGGUGUUUCUCAGGAACUGUUUUCUGCUGGUCUAGUCAAUGGACAUGAUGUUGUAGUCGUUGCUGCAAACCUUCAGAAAAUUGUAGAAGACCCAGUUACCUAUAAAGUGUUGACCUUUAAACUGGCAUCUGGCUGUGACAGUACAGAGAUCCCUGACGAGGUGAAGCUAAUUGGCUUUGCCCAGCUCAGUGUUACCUGAUGGCGUACCUUCUGAGGGAAGAGGAAGAGGAUGGGAGGAAGAAGAGGGUUUUGAUCGGAGAGACUGAAUGCUGAAGAAAGUGAAGACUGGGGUUUAGAUGCCAUCUCCAGCUUACUCCCAACUCAAGCUCCUCUCUCAGCUCUAUCCUCAUUUUAAUUACCUUCUAACUGUCAAUAACUAAGCACUCUGUCAACUAAACACACACACACACACCGUCAGCAGCCUUUGCCUACAUUCUGCUCAUGCAGUGUCUUUCCUCAACAUUCCACCUCCCUUUUCCCCUCAGCCCUGCUAACUUGAUGCUCUCAGGUGGCUACAGCCAGCAAUCACAAACAAAAAAUAAUUAGCGUUUAUCUCAUAAUAAUUGUGUUACAUUUGCACUCAGCAAAAUUAUUAUUAUUAUAUUAUUUAUUUAUUUUUUUUUAUCGGGAAAAGAUAUUCUUUUCCUUUCCUUGUUUUGAAAGAUGAACUUUUUUGAUGCGCACAUGAACACUGCAAACCUUGAUGUUAGGUCGGUUAAAUUAAGUCCUCCUUUCUUCCAAAUGUAAGUUAUUUCUGAAAAAAAAAAGCACAUUAUUAUUCAUGAUUCUAUAAUUAAUACUGUUUUAAAAGUGAACUUUACCGUACUGUAUGUACAAAAUAUUUAAUCCACUAUAAAUGAAUGAAACCGUUUCCCCCACAGGAAGUAGGAGGCGAGAACCGAAUGCUGCCAUGUGCAUAUGUACUUGCUUAUUUUUCAGGACAGUGUUGACGCUUGACUGCUAGAGGUGCCUUGUUCAUUAAUCCGUGCCUAAGAACACAGGUAACACGCCGAAGCUGUUUAAAGCAUAGACUGCUUUAUGUUGAUCAACCGAGCAGAAUUGCUUUGCAGCUGAUAGCUCCAUUUAAAAGUAUUUUCACUGGCAAACUGCUUAUAUUGAAAACAUGACAGCUUUAAAGCACUUUUAUUUUGGAUUGUGCAAUGUACACAUGCUUGCUCCCGGAAAACCUCCUGAUUUCACCUCAAAAGCUUUGUUUUACAACAGGAAGCUCAUUGUAACUGUAAUGCACCUGAACUGUGAUAUGAUGGGGGGAAAAAGCCAGCUGCUUAGUAAAAAAAGUAGCUGUAAUAUCCCACUGCAUUAGCCAGCAUGCAUCUGUCUGAUUUUUAUAACAGAAGGAGGUUCAUAACCAAAUAAUGAUUACUGUCUGGGAGAUUAGUCAUGAUUCCAGAACCAAGUACAGUAAAUCCAGAUUACUCCAUUUUCAACUGUACUUGAAAACAUAUGCUU